UGCCUCUAAGCCCCCAAGCCCAAAUCCUGAGACAAACUCAGAAAGAAAACGGAAGACGAGAGAGAGAGAGAGAGAGACCACAAGAAAGGAAAAAAUAACUGAACCCCAGCUGAGGCCAGAAACAACGAACUAUUCCCCACCUCCACUCGCAGAUGCAGGGUGGGGAGUGACUCACCGACUCACUGGCUUGACUCACCGGUGACUCACUGCUCUCUGCUCUGCCCCUUUUCCUUCACGACUGAGAGGAAACUUUUUUGGGGAAGAAUAUAAGAAGGGGAGCCUGCCCAGCCCCCGAAUCGAUUCCGGAUUCGUCGAGGGAGUGAAGAUGUCAGACCUAGACAGACAAAUAGAGCAGCUCAAGAGAUGCGAACCCCUUAAAGAGUCGGAGGUCAAAGCUCUUUGUCUCAAGGCUAUGGAAAUUCUUGUUGAAGAGAGCAAUGUUCAAAGAGUAGACGCCCCUGUCACCAUAUGUGGUGAUAUUCACGGGCAGUUUUAUGACAUGAAGGAGCUGUUUAGAGUGGGAGGUGAUUGCCCAAAAACAAAUUACUUGUUUCUUGGUGACUUUGUUGAUAGAGGGUUUUACUCAGUUGAAACAUUUCUUCUACUCCUAGCUUUAAAGGUAAGAUAUCCAGAUCGAAUAACGCUAAUAAGGGGGAACCAUGAGAGCCGGCAGAUUACACAGGUUUAUGGAUUCUAUGAUGAGUGCCUGCGCAAAUAUGGUUCUGUCAAUGUUUGGAGAUACUGCACUGAUAUAUUUGAUUACUUGAGCCUGUCGGCUCUCAUCGAGAACAAGAUAUUUUCUGUCCACGGAGGUCUCUCCCCAGCAAUUUCCACAUUAGAUCAGAUAAGGACAAUUGAUAGGAAACAAGAGGUACCUCAUGAUGGUGCUAUGUGUGACCUCCUUUGGUCUGACCCAGAAGACAUUGUCGAUGGCUGGGGUUUGAGUCCUCGUGGUGCUGGUUUCCUGUUUGGUGGCAGUGUUGUCACUUCAUUCAACCAUUCAAAUAACAUCGACUAUAUCUGCCGCGCACAUCAGUUAGUAAUGGAAGGUUACAAGUGGAUGUUCAACAAUCAGAUAGUUACCGUGUGGUCGGCUCCAAAUUACUGUUACAGAUGUGGGAAUGUAGCUGCAAUUCUUGAACUGGAUGAGAAUCUUAACAAGGAGUUCCGUGUUUUUGAAGCAGCUCCACAGGAAGCUAGAGGAGCUCCUGCAAGAAAACCCCCACCGGACUACUUCCUAUGAAACUGGUUUUGUAGGCUUUCAUUUUUGCCAAAUUGUACACCCUAGUUAAGCAGAUGAUGGUAUGAUUGAAGAGGCUUACGUGUCACGCUCCAAGCAACCAGACUCAACAGCAGUAGUGGUGAAGCUCCUUGGAUGACCAGCAAAGACGGUGCUCUUACUAUUGCAAUGAAUUAAAGUUACUGGGUUGCAUUUCUUGAAGAUUCCACAUUCUUUCACCUGCUGUUUAUUUGUGAAAUUGGUGUGUUGCAUAGCUUGUCGUUACAUAUUUCAUUGCAUACAAAAAUCACAGACGAUCACUUUAAAAGAGAAAUGAGAGAGAUGAUCAAGCAAAUGAACAGAUUCAAGACGGUGUGUGAUGUUAAAACUCCAUUUUUCGCUUUUGCUAUUUUAGUGAAGAGAUCGUUUCAUCA